AAGACUAGAUAAGUUACUGUAGGAUCCUAUUCUCUCCAAGAUACGAAUAGACGGGAUUCUGCCUUUUAGAAAUAUCAAACCAAACAGCCUUAGGCCAUCGGUGGCUUUGAUUAAUAGAGAAAGUUUUAUAUGCCACAUUCUGUCCAUCGUGUUAAUGACCGAUUGCAUACGCUACAUUGGUCUCCUAGUGUCAGAGAAUCACGUAUCAGAAUAUUGCAUCACCUUGCCCUUAUGACACGCAGACACUGUUCUAUUGUCUUUGGUUCUGCUCCGACUCGGAAGACACACCCGUUUGAAAUAUCAAGCGGGCAGCAAGGCGCCCACAGAGCAUCCAAACGCCGCUACAAGACAUACGAAGAGACGGAGGUAGCUGAAACGGAGACUUCCCUUCUUCAGAUCUUCCGCUGUAGACAUGCACACCAUGCGUGUCAGUGUAUUGGCAGUCCUACUGGCCACAGUUGCCAUGGUUACUGGGCAUGGCCCAACUGAAGAACAGCUUCAGGAAGCAGUUGCCAUGGCAACCAAGGAAUUUGGGAAAGGCCACUGUGUCCGCAAGGAUAACAACGUCGUUUGUGAGGAAGAACCCAAACACAUUAAGGUGGGUUCCGUGUCUCGCACCAAGAGUCAACGUCACUUCGCAACCAUGCACCGUUCCACGCCGGGGACAAUCAAGCUCAGCCAGUCAGCUGCCAUCUUGGAGAAGGUGGCCAAGAACCUCAUGAACAGCCCUGACCACUUCACCCUGGAGCAGCUGGGCCAAGUUGUGUCCCGUACCAUAACAGGGCAGUGUGCACGUGACGAGACCGUCAAAAGCUGCCAGCCACGUCAGAUAGACGGCAAAGAAUUUCGGUCGGCAAACGGCUGUCGUAACAACCUGGACAACCCCCUGUGAGGAAGCCCUGAGCAAUGCCUGAAAAGACUGCUCCCACCGCAAUACGGAGAUGAUAAUGCGCCACGCACUACCGGUCGGGACGGCACCCCCCUGCCCAACGCCCGCCAUGUCAGUCUGGUCAUGCAGGAAGAUCUGCGGAAAUCUAAUCAUGAAACCAGCCACAUGUUGAUGCAGUUUGGGCAGUUCAUGUCACACGAAAUCACGCUGACGCCCGACGCAGAAAGUUUCGGCAACUGUUCUUGUGACUCUGAGGAUUCAAAAUGUUUCAACGUUCCCGUUCCUGAGAAUGACCCCGAUUUCCGUGGAAGGUCCUGUUUAGAGUUCCCCCGCUCUGCCUCAUGUCCGAACGAAGGGUGCCGCAUGGGUCCCCGUCAGCAGUUCGACCAGGUCACCGCCUUCGUGGACGCCUCCAACGUCUACGGCCACUCGGAGGAGGACACGGCUGCCCUCAGACAAGGGUUCCUACUGAAGUCCAGACCAAACCCUAACCCCGAGAAGAAGGAACUCCUACCGGAGGCCAUGACAGAAGAAUUUGAGUGUGCUGGGUUCACUGGGCCCGACGGCGAGAAGUGCUCACAUGCAGGAGACAUCCGAGUGAACCAGCAGCCAGCGCUCACCUCCCUACACACCGUCUUCAUGCGAGAACACAACCGGAUCGCCAGGAAGCUCCACGAACUCAACCCGAAGUGGGACGACGAUCGGGUGUUCUUCGAGGCCAGAAAGAUCGUGGGCGCGCUGUUGCAGAAGAUAGCGUACGGCGAGUAUCUUCCUUUGGUUCUGGGACCCGUCUUCAUGACCAAGUUUAACCUGACCCUCACUCAGGAUGGGUUCUUCUCUGGCUACGACCCGACCGUGAACCCUGGCAUCUAUAACGUGUUCGCCACGGCAGCCUACCGGUUCGGCCAUAGUAUGGUUCAGAAUGAAUUCGACCGCUUCACUCCGAAAUUUCUUCCAAACAGCCAGUGUCCGAUCAAGCUGGCCUUUAGCUUCUUGAACCCAUCGUACGUUUUGGACGACGCCCAAGGCGGCCCGGACUCCAUCCUACGGGGACUGACCGCUCAGCCCCGUCAGGACUUCGACCGGUUCAUGGUCUCGGGCCUGACGAAGUUCCUGUUUGCGGAACCUCCCGGAUCAGAUGGCGGCUUUGACCUGGCGACCGUGAACAUCCAGCGGGGAAGAGACCACGGACUGCCCGGCUACAACGCCUGGAGGGAGAAGUGCAGGCUCCCUUGGGCACGGAGGUUCGUCGACCUUGCAUCGCAGAUCCCUGACGUAACCACCCGAGAAAAGCUGCAGACCCUUUACAGCCACGUGGACGACAUCGACCUGUUUGUCGGAGGUCUUGCCGAGGAGUCCGUGCCUGGUGGUAUAGUGGGUCCGACAUUCGCCUGUCUGAUUGGCAUGCAGUUCCAGGACAUCCGCAAGGGGGACCGCUUCUGGUUCGAGAACCCCGAGCAGUUUACGGAAGACCAACUUGCCGAGGUCCAGAAGCACAGCCUGGCCCGCAUCUUGUGCGACAACACAGACGGCACGACCAAGAUGCAGCCGGACGUCUUCAGGCAGACCACACAGCCUGGGAACGAGAGGGUGGCGUGCAAGUCUCUGCCCCAGAUGGACCUGACCAAAUGGCAGGGGUAGCAAGUUGUGACGUAAAAGGGCAGCAAGGAAAACAUAACGAUUUGGUCCCGGCAAGAUCUGCUUGGACAUUAACGAGAUGUCUGCACGUAGUACCUGGUUUAAUAGUCUUUUUUCAACAAC